AUGACCAAUCAAGGACAACCAACUCACUGGAGAAGUGGUCAGGACAUGGAAUUAGGGGGCAGAGAAUUCGGACUUGAUGAUGAAAUUGAUGACCUGCUCUUCCAAAUCAACACACAGAACAUAAUGGAUUCUUCUUCAUCAUCAGGAGCAAGUGUUAGUCAGCAUGCCAAGGUUGUUCCAAAACAAUGUGACAUCUUCCAUGCAGGAAAGUACCCGUCAUCUCGCAGGACUCAUUCCUCCUCCUCCUCUUCCUCCUUUGAAUCAUUCUAUUUCCCUGAGGAUCCACUUCUUAGUCCUGCAUCUCCCCUUAGAUUCUCAGGUGUUCCAUUUUCUUGGGAACACUUACCUGGAAUUCCCAAGAAACAGAAUUCCAAAAAGAAGCUGCAGGAAUCAUCCUUGAAACUACUCCCAUUGCCCCCUCCAACCACCACACACUCUUCUAAGAAGCUCAGUCAUGAAGAAGAAAGGGUUAGGAAGAAGAAUUCAAUACAAGGUGUUUUCCAAAGGGAUCCUUUCUUAGCUGCACUGGUGGAAUGCUCAAAGGAUGAUAGCGAAGAAACAAGAAGAAAUUUGUGGAGUGGAGCUAAGGUGCCAAGGAGCGUCAGUGAUCGUUUUGGGUUCAUUAGCCUUUAUGCUUCUUGCAAGAGAACUUGUGCUGUUUCUGAGUCUUUAGUCUACCUUCCAAGCUCAAGAAGAAGCACCUGUGAACAUGUUAGUCCCAGGUCCCUCUAA